AUGGCCAUCCUUCCAAGCUGCCCUGGCCUUGAGGUCAAGGUUGUGUCGAAUGGCAACACACUGAAAGAAUUUGCGGACAACCAUGCGUAUAACGAUCCCAAAAUUGCUAAUAAAUACAUCGAAGUUGCCACCGACGGAGCUUUUGAAGUCCAUCUACAGUUCACCGACAAGUACACUGACAGAUUUGGCGUCGCAGUAGAGAUCCGACUUGAUGGCCAAGAGGUCGGUGGUAGCCUGUAUCGCCCAGGCAACCUUAGAAAGCCCGAGGGUCAUAAAUUCACUGGUGCCCGAUCGAAGAUCCGCGGAAGGUGGCACAUUUCCGACUUCCAAUUCUCCCAAUUCGUCCUCGAUCUCGACUCUCGGAGCGAGCUUGAUCAAGCAAGUACAGAGAGACUAAGAUCUGCCGGUAUCAUUACUGUUCUCAUUCACCGUAUGAAAAACGCACGUGCACGUGCAUCAAAACGCACAGCACAUCCUCUUGAGGACAGACCACACGGCAUUUCGAAGUUUGGUCGCGUACCAGAGAAGGCUGUGAAAGAACUUGGGCUAUCUCACCAUGGAAGUGUCGACAUACCAAAGGUGCAUAAGGGUACCAGGUCGCUAUUCUACACAUCCGUCGAUGGUAAUGAAGAUGAACAUGCCAUCGCAAUCUUCAACUUCAAGUGUAGGUCGCUUGCAACUCUCAAGGCGCUGAGCAUUGUCCCUACAACGCCUGAGCACGCUAUCCUUCCUUCUCGCCCUCGCUCGCCUGACAUCGCGCCCGCAUCAGCAGUACAAGAAGCGUAUACUCCCACAGACAGAGAUGCCUACCAGGUUCUUAGUGUUCCGGAGCUGCUGGUCCUCGUAAGGGAGUAUCGAGGCAGCGUUGAUGGGCUGGAACGUCUGAGUAGAAGGGAUCUGACGACUCUGCUUGAGCACUACAAGGGUGCAAACAAGUAG